GUGGAUUUAAUUUGUGCAGUUACACAACAGCGUAAAGUCCGAGGAUUUAACAAUCAGGUUGAACAAGAGGAUUGCUGUCGACAAAAAGUAUUUUUCACAUCAUCAAAGCAAUCAAGCUAUUAUAGAUAUGGCCGCAAACGAAAGUCCACAAUUCUGUGACGUUUGUCUAAACAGAGACCUCAAUAAAACAGCGGAAGAAUACUGUCCACAGUGUGAAGAGGUUCUAUGUGGGGAAUGUAGAGACCAUCACAAAAUAUCCAGAUCGUCAAAAUCGCAUAAGACAAUCACGGUAGACAAAUAUAACAUAUUACCAUCUUUCAUCAAGAAAAUAAAACACAACUGUGAGGAACAUGACUUCGUCCUUGAAUUCUUUUGUAAAUCUCAUGACUCUCUUUGUUGCAAAAUAUGUUCGAUAACAGCUCACAAAGCAUGCAAGGAAAUAAUGUUUAUAGAAGAUUUUCUUACGCCUUCAAAAGGACACCCAUCAGUAGCUUUGGAUAACAUUGAAAAAGUUCUGAAAAAUUUGGAAAGUAACAUUUCUUCUGCUAUAAAAGACAAAAAUCGAAACUUGACCGAUUUACGAGAACAGAAGCGGGUGAUCACAGAAAUAAUUAAAGAAAAGCGUCAAGAAAUUAAUAAACUGUUCGACAAUUUUGAAGAGGCAUUACUAAAAAAGGCAUCUGCACUUGAGACAGAAUGCUGUCAAAAGAUAGAGGAAGUAAUUGCAAAAUUGAUAGAAGAAAAAACGAAAGUAGAUGAAAUUAAAAAAGAUGUCGAAUCUGUAAAAUCGUUUGCAUCCAAUUUACAAAUCUUUGUGGGAUCAAAGUCAUUCGAGGAAAAUGUCUCGACCAAUGAACUCAAAGUUCAAAAAUUGUAUGACGAUGGGAGCUUAAACGAUGUGAUAAUCGAAUGUACAUUCAAUGAAAAGCUAGAGCAGUUUAUAAAAGAGAUAAAUACAUUUGGUGAUAUGAAGGUAGACAGCAGUGAAAAACAUGUUUCUUUUACUUGGAAAGGUGAUACAUCAGCACAAAUUUAUCAAUCUAUCUCGGGAGCAAAAUCGGUGGAAAAUAUAAAUGUCAAAAUUGUGCGUAAGAUUAACGUUGGUCGUAAUGAGCUUUCUGGAUGCGUCAUGUCAGAAUCUGGAAACAUGUUAUUUCUUCUUGCUCACAAAAAUAGUCUGAUCAAAUAUUCAUCUAAUGGUGAAUUUCAUUCCGAGUUGCAUAUAAAUACUGCGCCGUCCAACAUUGGAUAUGACCUUGCUGUGGUCGAUUCAAACACGAUAGCUGUAUCAACUGGUGGAAAUAACCCACACAAAAUUUAUUUGAUUGAUAUUAAUAAUGCGGAAGUACGUCAAGAUUUUGAUUUAAAGGACUACUGUUAUGGUUUAAGCUAUCACAAAGGAUCACUUGUUUGCUGCACACAAAACCAAGGCAUACACAUAUUUGACAAGUCGAAAAAAGUUACCAACAUGCAGGUACUUCCUUAUACAACCGGAUCAUUAUAUGGUACCUACGUUACCUCAAAUGAAAAUUUCAUUUUUCAUUCAAACUAUCAUGAUAAUUCUGUCGUAUGUUAUAAUUACAAUGGACAGGUACAAUGGAAAUAUACCAAUUCGUUGCUAAGAAGACCAAAAGGCAUCACCUUGGAUCAUAAAAACAACAUUUAUGUUGCUGGUGAUGAAUCCAGCAAUAUCGUAGUGAUAUCAAAAGAUGGUAAACAGGCGAAAGAACUAAUUGGAGCUAGUGACGGAAUUUCAAAUCCUCGAGCCAUUUAUUUUCAUAAAACCAAAAACAUACUUCUAGUAACAAACAAUAUGAACACUGCAUUCCUGUUCGACGUUAUAUAAAACAUUUUGAUACAAUAAUAUUCUCCUACUGAAAACCCAUGAUACUUGUGCUACUAUCAGAUAACGGUAUAAAAAAGACAUAACUCUCAUUCAAUGAAACCCUAUUUUGGAGUUCAUUAAUGUAUACACUGGACGGAUAACUGACAACGUUAUCUUUUUUUCGAUUUAUGCAAAGUUUAUAUAAGUAUAAGUCUAGUUUACACAUAUAUCAAUUACUGAAUAUGCACCAAAUUAAUUGCUGAAUGGUCAACAGUCAAUUGAAAGUACUGAUAAGCUGUUCAAUUGUGAACGUGUCAAAUGAUAUACUGUUUACAAAAGUAGUCGAAUGAAAAUAAUUAAUCAAUGUUAUGUGCAUGAAUAAUUUUCAGGGUGAAAUACUUUUAAAACCAUUGUAUAAAGUGAAAUAACAAAAAUACUGAACUCAGAAGAAAAUUCAACAGGAAUACACUUAUCACAGACAAAAAGUUGUCUUAGUGACUGUUUAUUACCGGAUUUGACUAAAUAAUAAAAAUGGCUAUUUCAAAAGAUAGAUUGUCUUGAUAAUCCAAAAUUGAUAUGUAUUUGCUUUUAGAAUAGCAUAUGACAGUUUUCCUUGC